GCUAACAUAUCAGAAAAAACGGAAGCGAUCGCAUGUUCGCCAGGCUCAGCACACGAGAAGGAACAUGGAGGAGAUAAAGACCGAGCCCGUGGAUUUUGUAAAGGAAUUUCAAGAAUACCUGACCCAACAAACCCAGCAUGUCAACAUGAUUUCAGGCUCCGUGUGUGGCGAAAAAGAGACAGCGGAGUCGUUUCAAGCCGUUGCCCCAAGGUGCGAGCAAAAUGGUCUGGACCCCCCGUCUGUGGAGGUGAGACUGUCUGUGGAGGAUGGGUCAGAUGUGCAGAUGGAUGGCCUGGAGAGGACCUGCGAUGGAAAGUAUAAAUGCAGCUACUGCAGCUAUGCAAACAAGGGCAUGGCUCGCUUAAUAGAGCAUAUCCGCAUCCACACAGGUCAGAGUUCCCACCAUGUAAAUAUCCCCGAUAUACAGCUGAUAAAGUGA